GUGCAAACCUCUACAUAGACUAAGAGGCAGCGGAUCCUUCGCCAGACACUCGAUUACUAGUGGUUGUAGUGAGGAUAACAAGGGGCCCUUUUUCCACCACAUUCGACACCGAGAAGACCGAUAUUUCAUCAAAAUGCCUUUCAAACCAGUCGAAAAUCCAAAAUGCCCCAAAUGCGGCAAAUCAGUAUAUGCUGCUGAAGAACGUGUGGCUGGGGGUUACAAAUUCCACAAAACAUGCUUCAAAUGCGGGCUUUGCGGUAAAAUGUUAGAUUCCACCAAUGUAACUGAACACGAAGCUGAACUUUUCUGCAAAAAUUGCCACGCCCGCAAAUAUGGACCAAAAGGUUACGGCUUUGGCGGUGGUGCUGGUUGUCUUUCCAUGGAUACCGGCUCUCAUCUUCAAGGAGAUGACGUAGUACAUACAAGAGCUCCACUUCUACCAAGAGCUAUCGCAAAAGCCCCAGAAGGACAAGGAUGUCCAAGAUGUGGCGGCUACGUAUAUGCCGCUGAACAAAUGCUUGCUCGUGGAAGGGCCUUCCACAAGUCUUGCUUCAAAUGUGGUGACUGUACCAAAGGUCUGGAUUCAGUUAAUGUUACUGAAGGUCCCGAUAAGGAGAUCUACUGUAAAGUUUGUUACGGUAAAAAAUUUGGACCUAAGGGAUACGGUUAUGGUCAAGGAGGUGGUACUCUUCAGAGCGACUGCUUUACUGUCAGCGACCAAGCGCCCAAGACUACAGUUAUUGAUACGGCUACAAUCAAAGCAAAACCCGGUCAGGGAUGUCCUCGUUGUGGAGGAGUAGUUUUCGCUGCUGAAGAAGUUCUGGCCAAAGGGCGCCAAUGGCAUCGAAAAUGCUUCAAAUGCAAAGACUGUACUAAAACUUUGGAUUCGAUUAAUGCUUGCGAUGGUCCUGAUUCAGAUGUGUACUGCAAGACUUGUUAUGGUAAAAAAUGGGGACCACAUGGUUAUGGUUUUGCUUGUGGUUCAGGAUUCCUCCAAACUGAUGGUUUAACUGAUGAUGAAAUUUCCGCAAAUCGACCUUUCUACAACCCUGAUACGACCUCUAUUAAGGCCCCGCCAGGACAAGGUUGCCCAAGAUGUGGAGGAAUGGUUUUUGCUGCUGAACAACAACUGGCGAAAGGAACUAUGUGGCACAAGAAAUGCUUUAACUGUGCAGAAUGUCAUCGUCCUCUAGACUCUGUUCUUGCCUGUGAUGGCCCAGACAGAGAAAUUCACUGCCGUGCUUGUUACGCUAGACUUUUUGGUCCUAAAGGUUUUGGCUUUGGUCAUGCUCCAACCCUUACCUGCUCUGACGGCACUGCCCCUGCAAUGCACGAUCCUCGUCCAAAUAGUGGUCCCAAAGCUGCUCCAGGACGCGGUUGUCGUCGUUGCGGCUAUUCAGUUUAUGCUGCUGAGCAAAUGAUUAGCAAGAAUGGAAUCUGGCAUAAGAGAUGUUUCAGUUGUAACGACUGUAAUCGUUCUUUGGAUUCUACUACACUCAACGACGGUCCGAAUGGGGAAAUUUAUUGCAGAGGUUGCUAUGGAAGGAACUUUGGUCCUAAAGGUGUCGGAUUUGGUAUGGGUGCAGGUACUCUAACCAUGGCCUGAGCAGUUUUGGACCUUCAGCCUCUUUCAAUUUAAAUCUUUAAAAUUCAUUUACUACUAAAUAAGCAUAAGUUAAUUUAAAUCCAAUGAAAUAGAUAAAUUGUAUCAGAACACAAUUAAACUAAUAAAUAUACAAAAUCGUAUUUAAAUUGUAAAACACAUUCAGCAGUAGGUAAGACUUUUUUGGUGUCAAUUUGUUGUUGGCACUGAUCCACUUUUCAUAGUUACAGAUUAAAUUAUGUAAAUGCUUAAAUUAUUUAAUUGCCACACCAUGUAAACAUUUUUAUUUAUUUAAUUUUUUUUGCUAUAAGAUAUGAUGAGUAGAAAUAUACAAUUAUGAGAGAUCUAUAAGACUCGGCUGGUACGUAUAUAUACAUGUAUGUAUGUAUAUAUACUUCCUCAAAGGAAGGAAUAAUGAAA